UUCUGCCCCCACCAUGUGGGUGCCACACGCCACCCUGCACCAUGAGGGCAGCCAUUCUCAGCCUGUCCCUCCCUCCAGGCCAGGCCCCUGCUGUGGGGAGGCCACUAUCUCGGGGGAUGGGGGCAGAAGCUAGGGACCAGUCUCCCGCACCCCAGGGCCCCGGCCCCUCUCUGUGGGCCCAGCCAUGUCUCCCGUUGUCACAUGUUGGACACAGCAGAGGAACCACACUGGACUUUAUGAGAAUUCUGCCUCAGGCCUCCUGGACCGAGACUCGCCCUGGGGACUCUGCCAGUCCUGUCCGGGCGCCCUGAGCCCCACAACCCUGGACUCACCUAAUCUGAUACUGACUCACCACUGGGAUUAGCAGGAACCAGAAGAGCCUGUUUGAAGGGUUUGGAGGUUGAUUUUUAAUCCCUUCUGUGUGGUGAAGUUAUUUUUUUGUUUUUCAGUUUGUUAAUAACUAAUCCUUCAAGGCAGACGGACACGGGGCUGGGGCAAGAGGGUGUGCCCCGUGCUGGCCUUCCUGCUGCUGCUGGAGGGUGGUAUGCUGUCCUUGUCCUCACCCCCGCCUGCCGGGCUCCUGGGCCGGCUGUGGCAGCACAUUGACCAUCACCAGGAUGAGUUGGUGCAGGCCCUGAAGGAGUGGGUGGCGGUGGAGAGUGACUCGGUGCAGCCGCUGCCCCGGCUCCGGCAGGAGCUGUCCCGCAUGAUGGGCCUGGCCAGCGAGCGGCUGCGGAACCUGGGAGCCAGCGUGGAUGCCGUGGACCUGGGGACACAGCAGCUGCCGGACGGACAGACUCUGCCGCUCCCGCCCAUCCUCCUGGCAGAACUGGGCGAUGACCCCCGGAAGCCCACCGUGUGUUUCUACGGACACCUGGACGUGCAGCCGGCCAGGGCGGAGGACGGGUGGCUCUCGGACCCCUACACGCUGACGGAGUUGGACGGAAAACUUUAUGGAAGAGGAACAACAGACAACAAAGGUCCCGUGUUAGCCUGGAUUAAUGCUGUGGGCACCUUCAGAGCCCUGAAGCAAGACCUGCCCGUCAACGUCAAGUUCAUGCUGGAGGGUAUGGAGGAGGCGGGCUCUGUGGGCCUGGAGCAGCUGGUGCAGAGGGAGAAGGACGGCUUCUUCUCCGGGGUGGACUACAUCGUGAUCUCUGAUAACUUGUGGCUCAGCAGGACCAAGCCGGCGCUCACUUACGGGACCCGGGGAAACGCCUACUUCACGGUGGAGGUAAAAUGCAGGGACCAGGAUUUUCAUUCCGGAACUUUUGGUGGCAUCCUUCAUGAGCCGAUGACAGACCUGGUGGCUCUUCUGGGAAGCCUGGUGGACUCCUCUGGCCACAUCCUGAUCCCGGGAAUCUAUGACCAAGUGGAUCCUGUGAUGGAGGAGGAAAAGGCGAUGUACGAAGCCAUCGACCUGGACCUGGAGGAGUACCGCCAUAGCAGCCGCGUGCGCAAGUUUCUGUUUGACUCCAAGGAGGAGAUUCUGAUGCACCUCUGGAGGUACCCGUCUCUCUCCAUCCACGGCAUCGAGGGAGCCUUUGAUGAGCCCGGAGCCAAGACCGUCAUCCCCGGCAGGGUCCUGGGCAAGUUCUCCAUCCGCCUGGUCCCGCAUAUGAACACAACAGCAGUAGAGAAGCAGGUGAAGCAGCACCUAGAACACGUGUUCUCCGCGAGGAACAGCGCGAACCAGGUGGCGGUCUCCAUGACGCUGGGGCUGCAGCCGUGGGUGGCGAACGUGCGGGACCGACAGUACCUGGCAGCCCGGAGAGCCAUCCGGGCAGUGUUUGGGACGGAGCCAGACAUGAUCCGGGACGGCUCCACCAUCCCGAUCGCCAGAAUCUUCCAGGACACCCUGCAGAAGAGUGUGAUGAUGCUGCCACUUGGUGCUGUGGAUGACGGGGAGCACUCUCAGAAUGAGAAGAUCAACAGGCGGAACUACAUAGAAGGCUCCAAGCUGUUUGCUGCCUUUUUCCUAGAGCUGGCUGAGCUACACCAGUGACAGCUGGAGCCCCAGCCUCCAGCCGGGACCAGGACGCGCCUUUGGGUGCUGGACUAGCGAUGAGAUGUGUCUCAGGUCCCCCUCCUUCCAGAAGCCGUCGACUUCCAGCUGCGUGGGGGAGCUCAGAGAGCCAGACGCAGGGAGAGCCCCUUCUGCAUGAGGCCAGCGUGACCCCCACGUGCUGCCUCCGGAUUCCAAGUGCUCGGGACACAUAACCAUGCCGCUGCCACCUUGCUGUCUCCCUUGCUUUCUGCUCAUGAACCUCCUCCCGGUGGCGCCUCUCACAGGGGUUCCUGCAGGGUGGCACCAGGUGGCUUUUUGGUUCUGAAUCACUGGGGCUCGGUGCCUGUAUGGUGGCUACACUUGUCCUGGUGUCCUUUCUUUCUUCAUAUUUUUAUAGAAACAGAGAUAGAGAGAGAGGGAGGGAGGGA